GAUAUAAAUAGCCAUUCACGGGUAGCGAGCUACGGAGUUGUGCAGUUAUCAAAAAUAACUGUAAGCGAAAGAUAGUGCAAUUCUCUGAACGAGGUGCUCGGCAUUAGCAAAUGAAAGAUAGUGAAGAAUAUUACGCGAAAUGUCGAAGCAGGAAAGUGAAAAAUCGCCAAAAGUCGCGCUAGACAACAGAAAUCCCAAGUGGCUUAAGGCUGAACUAUUUGAAGGAUUACUCAAAGAGACCAUACCGAACUAUCGAAACGUCAAGCACUUUGAGGUGGAGCCAGGCUGCGCGGCCGGUGAAAAUUAUGCCACGAUAAUGCUGCGUGUAAAAAUAGAUGUGCAAUUAAAAGAUGGUGCAACAAAGUCGGUGUCCUACAUGAUGAAAGUGCCGCCAGGCAACGAGCAAUUUAAGGAAAUGAUGCGAAAACAUAAUAUUUUCGAUGUCGAAUAUAAGAUGUAUCACGAAAUCGUGCCCGAUUUCAACCAGCUGUAUCGGAAUGUCAAUGUAGACGUAAAGUUCUCGGCGAAAUGUUACGAUCUCAAGACACCUUCGGAAUUUGGCGUAAUAUUGUUGGAAGAUCUGCGUCCAUUUGGUUACAGAAACGCUGAUCGUUUGGAAGGUCUCGACUUGGUACAUACAAAGGCGGUGCUAGAACGUUUAGCGCAGUGGCAUGCGGCUUCGGCUACACGGGUCGAGAUUAAAGGCGCAUACUCACAAUUGCUUCAGGGAGGUUGGCAUAGUAAAUCACGACAAGAAGCCAUGAGAAAUUUCACCAUGAUAGUUAAGAAACCAUUUUUAGACUCCGUAAAAACAUUGGAGGGCAAUGAAGUUUAUAUUGAGAGCUUGACAAAAGCUGUUGAUAAUAUAACCGAUGAAUUAUUUCGCAUUGUGUCAUGUGAUGAGAAUGAGUUUAAAGUAUUGAACCAUGGUGAUUUUUGGUGCAACAAUGUCAUGUUCAAAUAUGACAGCGAAGGCAAAAUCGAAGACACGCUUCUCAUCGACUACCAAAUGUUAAACUAUGGCCCGCCUGCUAGGGACUUGCAUUACUUCUUAAUGUCAUCGACAAGCUAUGAGCUGAAAGUAAAUUGCUUUGACUAUUUCAUCGAAUUCUAUCAUGAGAAUUUAGUGAAGAAUUUGAAGCUCCUGAACUAUCCUAAAAAAUGUCCUACGUUGAAAGAACUACAUAUCUCAUUGAUAAAGAACUCCAUUCGUGGUGUAUUAGCUGCUGUAGGCGUUAUGGCGGCUGCUUUGUUGGAGUCCCAUGAUGAUGCAAGUCUCGAUGGAUUUUUUAGCCAAACAGAAGAUGCCGAACGCUUCAGACACAUUAUGUUCACAAAUCCCAGAUAUCGCAAACACUUGCAAAUGCUCCUGCCUUGGAUGUACAAUCGCGGUGCAUUCGAGGUGUGACUAAAUAAAUUACCCAUGGUAUAAUGAUUUAACGUUGGCUGGUCUGUUGAAUAACAAGUGUAAAAAAAAGCUGCAAACUGUGUGCAAAAUAACUAAAUAAAUACAAAAUUUACAAGAAAUUUAA